AAUUAAAACCAACAUUUAUCUUUUUUAUUACUGAUACUUGAAUGUAUACAAUACUUGAUAACUGCAACCUCGUCGUUUGUUAUCUGUUUAGAUAAGAUCUGUAGGAAGAGCUUUUACAUUCUCUACAAAUAUGUAGGAUAGUUAGUUGAUAUCAUUGUCUAUCAGUAGUACAAAGUUCCUAAAUCCUAAGUUUACAAAGAAGAAGAAUGAUACAUGAUUUAUUAUCUCUUUACAAUUGUUUAUAUUAAAAUAUGGAAAAAUGAAGUUCUUGUGUUGUCCAACUCCUUUAAAUCGAACUGGGCUAACUUUCGACCUCAAUAGUGACAUAAAACUUGAUCAAAAUGAACAACAAAUUUACCGACGAUUAUCAGUAGUGCGAAAGAAUGAUAUUUUAGGUGAAGGAGGAAUAAUUAGAAGAUUCACUCAUGAAUUACUAAAAAAUUAUAAAAAGGAUCCUAAUACAGAAUCCAAACUAAGAGAAGCAAUCAAAAACAAUGAUUUCCUAGCAAAUCUUAAUGACAACCAGAUAGAAGGAAUGAUUCAUGCUAUGUAUCCUAAAGAAAUUCCUCCAAAAACACGGUUAAUUCAAGAAGGUGAUAUGGGCCAUCAUUUCUAUAUUUCUGAAGAAGGAACGUUUGACAUUUAUAAAGGAGAUCAAUUUCAAGGCUCUUUUGGACCUGGAGUGGCUUUUGGAGAACUUGCUUUAUUGUAUAAUGUUAAACGAUUAGUUUCAAUAGAUGCCAAAACAACAGGAAAGGUUUGGAUGUUGGAUAGAUCAUCUUUUCUAGCAACAAUAAUAAAUAGAAUAGAAUUAGCUUCUAGAGAUAACAUUGAAAUGCUUGGAAAAAUUCCAUUUCUUAAAGAUGUUUCUCGUCAUGCUCUUGCAAAAAUAUCUGAACUCAUGUGUAUUGAAUUCUUUAUUACUGAUGCUUACAUUGUCCGUGAAGGAACAAUUGGAGAUAAGUUUUACAUAAUCAAUUGUGGUAGUGUAAAAAUAACUAAAACCUAUGGCAAUGGUGAAGAAGUAGAAUUAACAAAGAUACAUAAAGGUGGUUACUUUGGAGAAAAAGCUCUAUAUGCAGAAGGAGAUAAUCGAAGACAAGCUAAUGCUAUUGCUCUAGCACCUGGAGUUGAAUGUUUAACAAUUGAUAGAAAGACUUUUCUAGAUUACUUGGGUGAUAUUGAAGCAAUAAAACAGAAAAACUGGGAAGCAGACUAUGAAAAGAGGAUAAAAUUAUGGCACAUUGACUGGAAAAAUGAAUAUCCUGAUUUAAAAUUCCAAGAUAUUCAAGUCAGAAAUUUAAUUGGCAAAGGCAGCUUUGGUACAGUUUAUUUAGUUACGAUAAAAUCUAUUUCUAAUACUAGUUUCGUUUUGAAAAAGGUUCCUAAAAUUUUUAUACGUAAUCUUAAUUACCAGAAAUAUAUGUUGACUGAAAAGUAUAUUAUGCAAUCAUGCAAAUCACCAUUUAUUUGCAAAUUAUACGCAACAUUUAAAGAUCUCAAGUACGUUUAUUUACUUUUGGAAGCUUGCUUAGGUGGAGAUUUGCGAACUGGUUUAUACAGAAGUGGAAGAUAUGAUAAUACAGCUGUGAAAUUUAUAUCAGCAUGUAUUGUUGAAGCUUUAGAUCAUCUGCACUCACUCGAUAUUAUUUGCAGAGAUAUUAAACCUGAUAAUAUUCUCCUAGAUAGUCAAGGAUAUGCAAAGCUGACUGAUUUUGGUACUGGUAAAAGAGUUGGACCUUACAAAACAUGGUCUUUCGUUGGAACAGCAGAAUACAUGGCUCCUGAAAUAAUUCUCAAGGAAGGACAUGAUAGAGCCGUAGAUUACUGGUCCUUGGGAAUUGUAAUUUAUGAAUUGCUAACAGGACGACUUCCAUUUGAAGAUGACGACCGUUUAGAGCUUUAUAAAAAAAUCAUUGAAGGAAUAAACUAUGCAAGGAUGCCUAAGAAUCUGAAGCCAAACGCAAUUGACAUCAUUCACAAACUUUUAAGGCCUAAACCUGUUGAACGUUUAGGAAAUUUACGUAAUGGUAUAGCUGAUAUUCGUAAUCAUAAAUGGCUAAAAAUGUUUGAUUGGAAAUCGCUUCGUGGUAGAACAUUGACAUCUCCGUUUCUGUUAAAGCUAACUAGUCAUUUAGACACGAAAUAUUUUGAUAAAUACCCUGUGGAACACGAACUAGUGGCUGAUGAUUUUUCUGGAUGGGAUGAUGACUUUUAAAAACACUUUUAUAAUUCCACUCUCACAUAAUGAAUAUUUUCAGAUUCAUCAAAAUCAUUGAGAUUAUUCAUAAUCUUGCGUUACAAUAAUAUACGUGUUUAUAUGACAAAUAUUAUUUAAUUUUUGUAUUCAAUUUUCUAUUUUAAAAAACAACUGUUUCAAUAAA